AUGAUGAACCUGACGCCUCUGCUGCUGCUGCUGCUCGUCGGCUCUCUGCAGCUGGUUUCUGGAUAUCCUUAUAGUGCUAAUUCAGGCAUCUGCUGUCAAAAUAUCACAACAAUAAGGAUUCCUCUACGCAGGAUCAUAUCUUACUAUUGGACUAGCAGUAACUGUCCGAUAAAAGCAGUGAUUUUCCAGAUGAAUGAUGGAAUGCAGAUCUGUGUGGAUCCUAAAGCUCCCUGGGUAAAGAAAAUGAAAAUCACACGAAAAUGGUGAAUCUUAAACAGAAAUCAUCAACAAACGGAACAACAUAAAACCCAGCGCCAGCUUAACACCCUUAAAACAGGACUGACUGUGUAAACUGAGUGUAAUAUAACAGUUUAUAACAUGAAUGUAUUUAAUAUUUAUUGUAAAUCAGUGGAAUUAAAUUCUUCAGGUCUGAUCUAUUUGUA